AUGAACACCACCAUCAAGGUCUCUCUGGCAACUAUUUCAUAUGCUACUGUAAUACUUAUUGGAGCUCUGUUGCUAGGCAAGUCAUUGAAUCAUCAAGGACCGCGGGAACACUCUGGAAGCGCUGUAUUGAUCAAGAGACAAGUCUCACCACCACCCAUCAUCCCUCAACAACCUAUCGCUUAUCCAUCGGCUGAUGAGACCCUCUUCAUUGCAGAUCCCUACUUGACUGAUCCUAUUGUCACGUCAUCAUGGGCAUAUGUUCAAUCGGUGGUCCCAGCUGCUCUGUUGAAUGUCACAAACUCCACUUACAUUCUAUUCGCCAAUGUCUCGUAUGUUGCUGAUCCAGUUGCCAAUUGUUACUGGCCAAAUGAUUUAUGCAUACGGAACACAACCGGAGUUUGGGGUCUUCCUGAUAUUGUCAGUUGCCCUCAAGAUUAUCAAUGGGGACUCACUUAUGAUGAUGCACCAAGUGAGAAUUUUGUUAAUGGGACACAUUACAAUGACACUGUUGCUCUCAUGGAUCAGUUGGAAGUGCUGAAUGUGAAGACUACAUUUUUCGUCACUGGUUCACAAUCAUCCUACUACCCUGUCAGUUUGGUUGCUAUCGCGAAACGCAGUCAUCACGUUGCUCAUCACACCUGGACACAUCACCCGCUCACAAGCUUGACAAAUGAGCAAAUUGUGGCUGAAAUGAUGUAUACUGCUGCCAUAAUCUACAACAAAACUGGUCUCAGUGUCCGUUACUUCCGUGCCCCUUAUGGUGAUAUUGAUGAUCGUGUUCGCGCAAUCGUCAAUGCUUUGGGCUUCAGAAUUGUAAUGUGGGAUAGCAAGCAUGAUGCCACAGAUGCCGAUGUCGUCCCCUCCGCUGCAGGCUUCGCUGUAGUCGAAAACAUCAUUCAGUCAUGGUUCAACACUGCACCCGGCUUCAUUGCUCUUCAACACACAAUCAGUACAUUUACCUCAGGUACUUCAAUUGCUUCUCUCAAGGCGAUUCAAGCAGUGGGUGGUAUCAAGAACCAAAUAAUGCCAGUUCCUCAAUGUUUCAGUGACACUCAAUGGUACAAGAAUGUAAAUAUCACCACCGUUUAUAACGCUUGUACAAUUCCAGGAGGAUGCAAUGGUGCAGCUGCUUCUGCUUCAGUGAAGGGAAAUGAUGCACCAAAUGCAUCUGCUGUAGUGCAACCACCAGCCAAGUCAGCUGUUGCUUCUCCAAACUCCUCAACAACUUCCCUGACAAAUCUCGUUGCAGCUUCAAGUGGAGAGGUGUUUGUAUUCAGCCAAAGUUUGUUGCCGAUCAUCUUGUCUUCUGGAGCUGUGUUGGCAAGCACAGUCUUGCUAGCUACCUCUUUGGCUCCCAGCAAUCAACGAUUCGGACGGUCGGUGGUCGAAAAGAGACAAGUUGCAGCACCUCCUGCUGUUCCAUUGCAGCCUGCCGCAUAUCCAUCCGCGGAUGAGACUCUCUUCAUCACUGGAAGCUAUUUAAAUGAUCCAAUCGUUACUUCGGCACUGGCUUAUGUCAACUCUGUGGUUCCUGCUUCCUUGUUGAAUAUUCCAACGUCAACCUACAUUCAGUAUUCGGAUGUCACUUAUCACUCUGACCCGGUUGCCAAUUGCUACUGGCCAAACGAUCUGUGUACCCGGACGACGGCUGGAGCUUGGGGUGCCGCUGAUAUUGUUUAUUGUCCUCAGAACUACCAAUGGGGUCUCACUUAUGAUGAUGCGCCUAGUGAAAAUAUCGUCAAUGGUGUUCACACCAAUGACACUGUUGCACUCAUGAAUCAAUUGGACACAUUGAAUCUAAAGGCCACAUUUUUCAUUACUGGUUCGCAAUCUUCUUAUUAUCCUGCUAGCUUAGUUGCUAUUGCUACUCGUAGCCAUCACGUUGCUCAUCAUUCAUGGUCUCACCAUCCCUUCACAACUUUGACCAAUGCUCAAAUUGUUGCCGAAAUGAUGUAUACUGCUGCCAUUAUUUACAAGAACACUGGUCUCAAUCCUCGUUAUUUCCGUCCUCCCUAUGGUGAUAUUGACGACCGAGUUCGUGCAGUUGUAAAUGCUCUUGGUUAUCGCAUUGUUGUAUGGGACUCUACAUACGAUUCUACUGAUGCCGACCUUACUGGAUCUGCUGCUGACUUCACCACUGUCGAAAACAUUAUUUCAUCAUGGUUUAAUACUGCCAAAGGUUUCAUUUCACUCCAACACACCAUCGAUACUUUCACUUCAGGCACCUCAAUUGCCGCGUUGAAGAAGAUCCAGUCAUUGGGUGGUAUCAAAAACCAAAUGAUGCCUGUUCCUCAAUGUUUGGGUGAUACUCAAUGGUACAAAAACGCACAAGUCACAACCAUUUACAAUUCAUGUACCAUUCCGGGCGGCUGUGGUGCUGUCGCUUCUCCUGUUGCCGCAUCACCAGUUGCUUCUCCAGUCCAGGCAUCACCCGUUGUUGCUUCUCCUGUUGCCGCGUCACCAGUCGCUUCUCCUGUGCAACCAUCUCCAGUACAAGCAUCACCAGUAAAAGCCUCUCCUUCUGCUUCUGCUGUGCAAGCCUCGCCAGUACAAGCAUCACCAGUAAAAGCUUCUCCAUCUGCUUCUGCUGUCCAACCAUCUCCUGUGCAAGCUUCUCCAGUAAAAGCCUCGCCAUCAGCUUCCGCUCCGGCAGCCAGCCCAUCAGCUGGUGGUCUCCCAUUAACCAGUGACGGAACUUGUGGUGCUGGAAUUGCUAUUUGUGGAGAUGGCACCAACAUAGAUGGUCCUUGCUGCUCCCAAUAUGGAUGGUGUGGUACUGGAACGGCUUACUGUGGUACUGGUUGUCAAGCAUCUUUCUCCAACAACGGUGUUUGUGGUACUUCAGUUGCUGCAUCGCCCGUCGCUUCUCCAGUGAAGGCAUCACCAUCUGCUUCCGCUGUACAAGCCUCACCAGUAAAGGCUUCCCCCUCUGCUUCUGUCGUACAGGCCUCUCCAGUACAAGCCUCGCCAGUAAAAGCCUCGCCAUCAGCUUCUGCUGUCCAACCAUCUCCUGUGCAAGCUUCUCCAGUAAAAGCCUCGCCAUCAGCUUCCGCUCCGGCAGCCAGCCCAUCAGCUGGUGGUCUCCCAUUAACCAGUGACGGAACUUGUGGUGCUGGAAUUGCUAUUUGCGGUGAUGGAAACAACACUGAUGGACCUUGUUGCUCCAGAUAUGGAUUCAGCAUUCUAUCGUCUGGUGCUGUGUUGGCUGGUACGGUCUUGCUGGCAACAUCUUUUGGUCCAGCCAGUGACCGAUUUGGACGAUCAGUGGUUUCAAAGAGACAAGUUUCAGCACCUCCUGCUGUUCCAUUGCAGCCUGCUGCUUACCCUUCUGCAGACGAAACGCUCUUCAUCAGUGGGACUUAUUUGAAUGAUCCGAUCGUUACAUCAGCCUUGGCAUAUGUCAACUCUGUGGUUCCUGCUUCCUUGUUGAAUCUUGCACCAUCAACGUACAUUCAGUAUUCGGAUGUCACUUAUCACGCCAACACUGCCACCAGCUGCUAUUGGCCAAACGAUUUGUGCACCCGUACGACGGCUGGAGCUUGGGGUGCCGCUGAUAUUGUCUAUUGUCCUCAAAACUACCAAUGGGGUCUCACUUACGAUGAUGCCCCAAGUGAAAACGUCGUCAAGAAUGUUCACUCAAACGAUACUGUCGCUAUCAUGGACCAAUUGGACGCGAUGAACAUAAAGGCCACCUUCUUCGUGACUGGGUCACAAUCAAUCUACUACCCAACCAGUUUGAUUGCCAUCUCCAGCCGCAAUCAUCAUGUUGCUCAUCAUUCAUGGUCGCAUCAUCCAUUCACUAGUUUGACCAAUGCACAGAUUGUCGCUGAAAUGAUGUACACUGCUGCCAUCAUUCACAAGAAUACAGGCUUGAGUGUUCGGUACUUCCGCCCUCCUUAUGGCGAUAUUGAUGAUCGCGUUCGUGGAAUUGUCAAUGCUUUGGGCUUCAGAAUAGUUCUUUGGGACGGAAAGUACGAUUCUACUGAUGCUGACGUUACUGCCAACGCUGCCAACUUUGGAGUAGUCGAAAACAUUAUCAGCUCAUGGUUUAACACUUUACCAGGUUUCAUUUCCCUUCAACACACAAUUAGUACCUUCACCUCAGGCACAUCGAUUGCUGCUCUCAAAAAGAUUCAAUCAUUGGGUGGUAUUAAAAACCAAAUGAUGCCAGUUCCUCAAUGCUUGGGUGAUACUCAAUGGUACAAGAACGCUCAAGUCACGACCGUAUGGAACUCUUGCACCAUUCCAGGCGGUUGUGGUGGUGCCGUUGCAUCCCCUGCUGCAUCACCAGUUGCAUCGCCAGUACAAGCAUCUCCUGUAAAAGCUUCACCUUCGGCUUCACCAGUAAAAGCAUCUCCAGUUGCUUCUCCAGUAAAGGCCUCACCUUCUGCUUCGCCAGUAAAAGCCUCUCCCGUUGCUUCCCCAGUAAAAGCCUCUCCAGCUGCAUCAGCUCCAGCAGCCAGCCCAUCAGCUGGUGGUCUCCCAUUAACCAGUGACGGAACUUGUGGUGCUGGAAUCGCUAUUUGUGGUGAUGGCACUAACACAGAUGGUCCUUGCUGCUCUCAAUAUGGAUGGUGUGGUACCGGCACAGCUUGGUGUGGUACUGGAUGUCAACCAUCGUUCUCUAACAAUGGUGUCUGUGCGUAA